UUUCCCGCCUUUGGCACAAUGAAGUGGCAAAUUAACGCUUCUCGAAAUAUUGAUUUUUAACUUCUCUCCCUGGCAAAGUGUUUACAGUUUCGUGGACUUGAGGGGAUGUAAAAAAAAAAAGAAAGAAAAUCAAUAAAAUGUAGGCAAAACAUCUGUGAUGGAGAUCAAAGAGCUCCACGGUGAGGCGCGGGGACACGUGAGGCGCCUGGCCGCCUGGUGGAGCGCAGGAGGCGGUCGGACUCCUCUCCUGCAGCCGCGCCGCUCGAUCUGGCUCGUCGCCUUCUCUCUCAACUCCACCUUUGUGUUGUGAUCGGCUCUCCCAGUCUGUUUCUCACACCCACCCCGGUACCCCACCACACUCCUCCUCCUCCUCCUCCUCCUGCCCACCUCCAUCCCACCCUACCCUACCCCAUCCACCACCCCCUCUCCUCCUUUUAGCAUCUGAAAAGACCACUGAGUGAGAAUCGAUGGCGCAGAGGCCCGCUUGACAGGACAAUAAACCACAAAGAAGGGCCUCUCCACUGGCUUCGAGCACCGUGAGGACGCAGCGAUGCCCCAGCAGAGGGGGGACCCGUCUCCGUCCCGCCGCCUUAGCCUGGCAUCCCUCCGCCUACAGACACUGAAGCCCAACCACGACUUCCCAUGAGGCCACCACCAGAACUCAGCUCGACCGCUCUGUAUGGGGCCUCUCACAUAUGAACUGACAUGGAGGAUGAAGAUGGGACUUGUCUACUUGAUGUUUUGUGUGACCCCCAAGCCCUGAACGACUUCCUUCAUGGGACCAAUGAGCUGCAGACUGAAGACCUGCUCAUUAACUCCUCCUCUGGGGAGCCCUCCCUCUUCACAGAUGCCCCGAGCCCCGUCUCUCUGCUGGGAGAUGGAAGGGAUUCCCCAGACACGCCUCCACCUGGGUGUGUGGAUCUGUCCUUCCUGGAGGAGGCCCUACUGUCUUCGCCAGAGGGUGGGGAAGACCCACAGGUGGUGCAGGGCGGGACGCCUGUGGAGAUUGGAUUUGAGGCGAAGAAGGGAGAAGUGGAGGAAGCGGAGGAGGCAGAGGUGGCCUGUGAUAUCCUCCAGCAGAGUCUGCAGGAAGCUGAGAUCACGGAGCAGACCAUGGCUCUGGAGGCGGGUCUGGCCCAGCAUGGGGACAGUCUGUCCCUGUACUCACCUGUCCCUCUUCUCUCUCCACCCACUGUCCCAUUCGUACCCAAGUCUGUGACCUUGCCCGUCACCCCGGCGUUGCCCAGAGACACCCAGGCAGCAGUGGAGCCUCCCCAGCCUUCCCUCCUGGCUGUCGGGCCGGGUUGCCCGUCUCUAAAACCCGCUGCCCCUCCUCAGCUGAUGGGACUCCUGCCUGGAAACGUGUUCCCUGCUGCUCCUCCAGAGACCUCCUUCUCCCUGAGUCCUGCCCAGGGAUCAAGUAUGAUCAUCCACAAGGCUGUUCCCAGUGUGACCAGUCGUCCUCUUAUCACCCCGGCCCUGAGAGCAACAGCAGCAGCAGCACCGGGCAUCGUCCUGCAGCGCGCCCCUCUUCCCAUCCAACCCAAGCUGCCCAUCAGCAUUCAGCCCAGACUGGUUCAAAUUAGCCCCAAGCCCUCAGGGCAAAAACACACUCCAGGACUUACGUUUGUCCCUGGGACUGCCUCACCAAACAUUUUACUCUCCCAGCCUCCUGGCCAGAAGCCUACAGCACCACCACCGCAGUCCACCCAGCAGCUCCCCAAGCCAGUCAGCCUGCAAUUGGUCAACCAGGGUGGCUCCUUUGUGCUCCAGCCUCAGGGACUUUUCCAAGGCCAAAACCAGUUCCUUCUUCCAGGCCAGUGCCCUGUUACGAUCUCCCAGCCUGCCAGUGCAGCUCGACCACUACUGACCGCCAGCCACCAAGGCCCGUCAGUCCACAGUCUGACUCCCUCCACCGGGCAGCUCGUAGAUGGCUCCCAGAUCCUAACUGUGCCCCAAAGACAGCUGAACUUCAGCCCUGUCUUCACCACCCCUACAGGGCAGCUAGCGCUCCGCCAGGCCACUGUGCUUUCAGGACCGUUGCAACUGCAGUCAGCGCCCCCUACUGUCUUCCAGAUGCCAGCACAGCUGGCUGGAACCUACACUCCAGGAGGACAUGGGCAGCGCGCCACCCUGGUCCACAGUCCCGCUCUUGGAAACCACAUUACUUUGAUCAACAGUUCAGGGGUGCUUCCCCCAGAUCUGACUUCCAUCUCGAUUGUUAAUGGCCCCUCAGUAGUGCAGGGGCUGCCGUUUGCUGCCCAGGCUCCGGCUCCUCAAACAGGAGGGACAGAAGGACAGCUGAGCCUGCAGCAGGCCUCUGUGGUGCUGCUGCCAGAGAGAGCCAUCCAAGAGGAGAGGACCGGCUCAGAGGAGACUUUCCACCAGCUGCCGCAGACCUACGGACACGUCCUCCAGCACGUGUCGGUGCAGCCCACCUCUGCAGGGCUGCAGUCCUCCACUCCUCCUGUCGUCACAGUCCUGCAGGCUCCUCUUGAACCAUCUCUGGCACCCGAUCCAGCUGUGGAGCUCCCGAAACUUCUGAUGCCCCCAGCAGACAUGACCCAAGUAGUGGAGGAGGCGACCCACGCGAUGGGUCAGAACGAGGCCUUUAUGCAACAUCUGCAACAGCAAGCGCUUAGCUCUCCGAUUGCCUCUGAGCUGUUGGUCGGAGCGCUGUCGGUGGUGCAGAUGGAGUCGCUCGCCUCCCCGGUCACCAGUGAGAGAGAGACCCAACCUCAGCCCCAUGCAGUCCCUGGUCAGGACCAGUGUGCUGAGGCUUCUCCACUUCACUCAGACCCAGAGGACAUACCGCUGAUCUGCUCCUCCCCUCCCAUUCAGGACCCAGAGGGACCAGCACCGUCAAGUUUCUCUCCUCCGGCCAGGCCUCAGGUGGCUGCGCCAGGACCCGAGAGUUCAGUCCCCCAGGUCACAGCUCCCCAGCCUCGCAUCGACCCCCAAGUCCAGUACCAGGUCCCUCAUCAGCUCCAGGUUUCACAGGCCCUGUUUGCCCUGAACCAGGUGCAGAUCCAGUCACCCGUUCCCCAGCCUCUGCCCCAAGUACAAGUCCAGUCGUCUGUUUCCCAGCCUCAGUCCUCGGUCAGCACGCCAGUCCACAGCAGUCCGUCCCCUCUGCAUGUCAGCAUCUCGGUGCCUCAGCAGCAGCCUGAUCCCACAGCUGCUGGUCUCUCCAAAGGAGGAGACGACUCUGCUGUCCAACAGCACACACAAAACAAGCCAACAGCUGCCUUGGUCGUGGGGAGUAAAGAGUUUACUCUCGAUGUCCGUCCACCCUCUCCUGCAGCCCAGGGGGUCCAGCUUCAUGAGCCCCCAGUCCCCGGAGAGUGUGUCCCCAUCCAGACGAGCCAGCAGAGCGGCACCAAGCUGGCAGGACGUCAGGAGCAGCAGGAGGAGGAGAGGCUCACACCAGCAAUGCGCCGGCACAGGUUCCAGCAGCGGAUUUGCUUGGACCACAGAGCGGUUCAGAACCCCUUCACAGGCCCGGCCUUCUCCACGCUGAGGGACGCCGUCAGUCGCCUGCUGCCGUACCACACCUGUGCUGGUCACCUGCCCACUCAGGAUGACUUCAGCUUGGUGGACCAGGAGUUUGACAGCGUGUCCGGUUUCCUGCUGAAACGCACCAAGGACAUGGUCAACAAAUACAGGCAGCUACUGGUCAGAGAAGCCCAGCAGGAGAGUCCGUCAGCGGAGAUGGUGAUGCUGGAGCGUCUCUUCCUCCAGGCUGAGCGAUGCGCUUUAGCGGAGGACAGACGGAGAGUCCGCAGAGACCCAGAGUCAUUUAUGAUGGCCUUGGCUACGUCAGCGUCUUCCCCGCAUGGCGCCCACUCCUCCGCUCCCUCCCACCUGUACCCCUCCGGCAGCCCCUCCUCUCCGCCAGCCUGGUCCAGACUGUCCGACCGGCCCCCAGGACUGAAGACGUAUCGCUCAAGCUCCCGGGGGGCCCUCAGGCUCACUAUCAAGCAGGAGUCCGGCUCCCGUAAGGUGGUCCACAACUCGGCCUGCGACCCGGGACUCAAGAGGGACCACAUGGGACAGCUGACCAACGGCGGCGCGGCUACGAACGAACGCCACUCUCAGGCACCCAACGGGGCACCCCAGCGUCCCCAGCAUGGCGAGGAGAUCUCCAACGGACCUCUGCCUCGUACCACUGCAGAGGAAGUCCCGCAGACGUCGCCCAAUUCCAAAAUAAAAGCCCCAAAUCCUCCCUUUACGCCCGAGCCACAGGCUGGUUGCUGCGAGUUGCCCUCCAGAGAUGUCAGCUCCCCAAAACUGAAAUGCUACAGGUUGGAUGCGUCCCCUCGGCCUGAGCAGCGGUUCAGCCCGCCGCCUCCCCCCCUCCAAGAGGACAACGUGCUCAGUGAACAUCUGCAGAGUGCCAUCGACAGCAUCCUGGAGCUUCAGCGCCUGCAGGGUCCCUCUGCAGCCCCGACCAGGGCCACGGCAGGCCCGUCACUGGACCAGGCUGUCACCAGCAUCCUGGAGGGACACCUGUGAGGUAAUCCGCCCUGACAGACAUCCACCCAGAUCCUGAAACGUCCGUCUGGGGCGGGAUAAAAACAAAAGGAGGGCGCACUUGACUUCUCAUCUGUUCCCAGAACCAGAAGCGGUUUUGUGUCUGGGUUUCAGAGAUUACUUUAAAAGGAAGUGAUUGUUUGAAAGAAGAGGGAGACAAUUAAGAGGCACUAUAAAGAGAUGCAUACCAGACAACAGCACUAUCUAUAGUCCGAUAGAUGUUAGAUACUUCAUUUCGAUGUACGUUUGUGGAAAAAAAAAUCUAUUUGAAUAGGAGCUAUAUUGUUUCAGUGGUAGUUAAGUCAUUCAGAGGUUUACGACACUGGUGUAACCUUCAUCAGCAUAUAGUAUAUAAGUAAUAGUGAGGAUAACGAAAACGUGGAGUAGACUGAGAUUAUUCAAUAGUUUUUUAUAAGAUUUCUUUCCAAAAUGUGAAGUUGCUUUUGCAUUAGUGCCAAGCUUCCAGGGUAUUUAUUUUGAUAAUCUGUGCCAACUGUGUUUUCACAUGAGUUGCAUUGAGGAAGGCAAAGCGAGUGCGUGGCGAGCGUGUGUGCGUGCGCGUCUUUAUUUCGGAAGAGAGCGUGUGAAAACAUUGCAUCCUGCGAAAACAAACAAACAAAAAAAACAAAAUACACCCGCAGGCUCCGUCGUCUCGGCUUUUCGAAUGAAACUCCAAAGAAUUUGUGACUCGCUACAUCCUGAAUACACCAGCAAACGUCCGUGUUGUGUCUCUUCCCACUAACUGGAGUCUGUCCUCAUAGAAGCAGAAAGAACCCGAGCGUGAACACACACACACACACACACACACACACACACACACAAUGUUAACAAUAAUUUCGGCCGAGUCACUUUUUCUUACUUUUAAGUUUGGGCCCCUGUUGUCGUUCAUGCUUGAGUCCAGCUGUGAAGUAUUUGUAGUUUUCAGACACACGAGUCGUUUCUUCAUACUUUACUAAUUUAACAUGCAAGCAAUAAUGAGUUCGGGGUUGCUUGGAGCAGUGGCG